AGCAUUUAAUGGUUCGUAGUGUCCUCACCUACUUCUCCCUCUCUAGAAACAUCCAUAAUUGCUCUCCCCGUCGCUGAUCGGCCGCCGCACCAAUUUCUCCUCCGCCGUCAGUGGCAGCGCCGCCACACCGGGACUGGAUCGUACCUCUGUGGAAUGAUUUGUCCACUAUCUCUCUAGUGUAUUGAUCGAUUUUCUGCCAUCGUCACUGUGCCACGAUGCGCUGCCCGGAGAAGCCCUAAUUACCUUUCUGCAAUGCUCGUUCUGAAAUUCCGCUUUCUAACUGUGAUUUUGAGGAGCCUCGCGCUUGGAUUCGACAAUGUCUGGACCACCGGUGGCUAAAUCGAUGAGUUUUGCGGACCAGGAGGCGCGUUCCGUGCUUGGACCAGCUGGAAAUAAAGCCAGAUCUGUGGAGUUACGGAAGCCGGUAGUGAAGCUGAAGAGCGAGAAGGUGCUGCAUUCGUCCGAGACGGCGUUUCAGGCGCCGGAAAUGACGGUGGAGCAAAUUCCAUCUCCGGUGGGUUUUAGGAAGAGUGUAAGCAAUGCCGCCUCGGUUCUGAGGCAGCGCCAGCAUAAUUUGUCGCUAAAUGCUUCGUGUUCUUCAGAAGCCUCGACGGAUUCUUCACACAGUAGGGCUUCUACAGGAAGGAUCAGCCGUCGGACUUCCGCUUCGACUCCGCCUUUGAGGAGGAAGCAACAAUGUGGCUGGAAAGGCGAGAAAAUUGAGAAGAUGGAGGGAAAUGGGAAGAUAAUUGGAGCUGAGAGUGAAUGUACGAUGGUCGAUGGUUCCAUGGUUAAGAAAAGGUGUGCUUGGGUGACUUCCAAUACUGAACCACUGUACACCGUAUUCCAUGACGAAGAAUGGGGGCUUCCGGUUCAUGAUGACAAGAAACUUUUCGAACUGCUUAGCUUAUCUACUGCAUUGGCUGAACUAACAUGGCCUGCCAUUCUUAGCAAAAGACACAUAUUCAGAGAUGUCUUUAUGGAUUUUGAUCCGGUGGCAGUGUCUAAAUUAAAUGACAAGAAGAUUGCAUUGCCGGGAAGCCCUGCAAGCUCUCUUCUGUCUGAACUAAAGCUACGAGCAAUUAUCGAAAAUGCACAUCAAAUCUGCAAGAUUAUAGAUGAGAUCGGGUCAUUCGACAAGUACAUUUGGAGCUUCGUGAACUACAAGCCUAUCGUUUCUAAUUUUCGCUAUCCUAGACAAGUCCCGAUCAAGACAUCGAAAGCAGAUACCAUUAGCAAAGACCUUGUCCGAAGAGGAUUCCGGGGAGUUGGCCCUACUGUCGUCUAUUCAUUCAUGCAAGUCUCGGGAAUCACCAACGACCAUCUCGUCAGUUGUUUCCGAUAUCACGACUGCAUAAUCGCCAGCGAUAUGGGAUGUAAGAACAACGACGAGACAGAAUCCAAGAAUAAAGACAAACCAUCCGAAGAUCAGCUCGAUUUAUCUGGAGACAUCGAUGAUUUAAACCUGUCGAGGUAGGAAAAAUCUGUGUCUCAUUCAUUCAGUUUAUCAUCAUCGAUAUCCCGCAACACUUUUCCCUGCUUAUGUACAAAUCCUUAUAAAAUUGUUUCCUCCAAUUCGUGUAUAUUACGAUAGAGCUUGCUCGCAAACCCGUCUGAAAAUGUGAAUUCGCUCGAUAAUUCUUACAGUUCCAAUACAAUCUCAACUAGGAAAA